AUAUUCGUUGCUGGUGGUUAUGAAAGAGGGAAUUGGUGCAGUAGCAAGGCAUUUUACAGCUACAACCCCAACAUUCAGCAAUGGGUAGAACUGUCAAUGAUGAAUGAAGCAAGAGUUAGUUUCUCUUUGGUUUCAACAAAUAAUGGAAUCUAUGCCAUCGCUGGUAUCGAUCACAUUGUAUCCAACAACAUCGAUAGGGAAAUAAUAUUACAUUCUGUUGAGUUUUACAACCCGAUAGAUAACGUGUGGUCGUUUUCUGCUCCGUUAACACAUGGUUGUUACAACAUGUCUGCAGUAUCAAAUAACGAUCAUUUGUACAUGUCUGGAGGCAUAAGUGACGAUCCACAGCACUCUGUACCCAUCAAUAACUUUUACACAAAGUCUAUUCAUUCAGGAGAUUGGAGGGAACUGGCUCCAUUGAACGUUGGUAGGCACAGUCACGUGAUGAUCUUUAAAAAUGAAAACCUCUUUGUGCUAGGUGGCUUCAUGGAAAGUGAGGCUGCCAUGGGAUUUAACGAUUGCCACCAGACAGAGAUGUACGAUCUUGAAACAAAUCAGUGG